CCGAGCCAUCGAUGAAACAGCCCUGGCUGCGUUUGGAUAAAAUGAAGUGUUUGCUUUUUGCCGUGCCGCGGCCUCGAGAUACUGAUACUAACCCGAUGACUUGACGAGUGUCUUGCUCUCUCCUGCUCUAUACCUCUGUUGCUUCAAGACCGACAAUUUCUCUACUACUGGGCAUAGGAAGUCGUUUUUGCAGCAGCAAUUGCACGCAAUAUGGGCCUCUCAGGGCUGUUAUACUUCGCGUCUCUCCUCGUCGCAUUCACUUAUGCUUCACCGCUUCUAAAACGAGACCAAUCAGUCGUAUCAGGAAGCCUAGGAACAGAUGAGUACUGGAACGACUAUGAUGGCGGAUUGAACAAUUACACUCAAUAUGACGGAAACGGCUCAAUAGGCGAAGGGUGGCCGUCAGCCUUGUCAUGGGGUUCCUUCAAUGAUCUCUGGGUAGCGAAUCAACAUAUCAUCAGCCGGAGUUGUAGCCAGGUGUACGGCACACCCAACAACUCCGAUCAGGAAAUUCAAGACCUGUACAAUUCCAUCAAGCAAGUCGCCCAUGAAACGAGAGUCGACAAACGCUUCAUUCUUGCUGCGAUCCUGCAGGAGACCAAAGGCUGUGUUCGCGCAAAGACGACUACAUCUUCCGACGGAAUCAAGAACCCAGGUCUCUUGCAAUCCUUCAAAGGGAAUCAUUCUUGCAAUGACGAUGGAGAGGUACAAAACCCAUGCCCGCAAGACCAGAUCUUGGGCAUGAUAUCAGAUGGUGUUGCUGGUACCGGUUCAGAACAGGGAUUUGCGAUCAACAUCAACGCACAGGCAGACGUCGAUGGAAUUGAAUUUGCCCAAGCAUAUUAUCGAGCUGCGCGAUUAUACAACUCGGGUGCAAUCGAUUCGUCUGGCGACCUGGGCAAAGGAUCUGCCACGCAUUGCUACUCCAGUGAUAUCGCCAACCGUUUGCUCGGCUGGACGGACAGUGCCUCAACCUGUACACUAGACGAUUGAUCCACAGCAAGCAAUAGUGACCGUAGGUUCCUUCUCAGAACGCCCAGCGCCACAUAGAGAGAGAAGCCUGUUCUGUUGUCGCUGAGAAGCGUACUCUCAUGAGGCCAUCAUGCAGCGACCGCUCUACAGAUUGUGUCGACACGACGAUUCUUCUUGUCAUUUUCUUGCUUGGGUGCAAUGCAUUGAGGACAUUCAAGGACGGUGACUCCAAGAUGUCUCGCGGACGAGAACAUACCCUGCACAAAGCACGUCACAUCCGACUACAGUAUCAGUAAUCUUGGUCAGGAUUGUGAGUUGGAUCAAUAUGAUGCAGAGAUUAUCAUGUCCGAUGG